GGUGCACCCAAGUUUUGUUCAUAUAAUUAAAGAGAUAGGGAAAUAAGCAUCUCCUCGUAAAACCUAACAUCGCCACUUCCUUUCGAAACCUAAAUCGACCAGAACAGCAUCGAUCAAUCAUGUCUUCUGGUAUUCCUGUUCAAGAUAGCCAGGAGUUCGUCCGUAGGCAGAUGAAUUACUGGGAGCAAGUGAGUGAAUCAGGGGGUUUUGAUAUCGAACAUAUCUCAGCACCGCCAAUGGGACUCUUGACUUACGAUUGUGAAGACAAGAGGAAUCUGUUUCCUAAUCGUCUGUUGGUCAAUCUCUACGCUAGACUCGGUAUCUAUCGUUACAACCUCUCUAAGGGAACAAAUUUAAAGUUCCACCACCUGACGAAGUUCAACAUGACUAAUAACUGUAUCUCCUCAUACCGCAUCACUUUGGUUGCUUAUGAUCCAGUGACCACUUCGCUGGUCACCUUCCUGGUUGGAAUCUCUGAGGAGGAAUAUGCUCGUUUGAAUUUGAUGCUCUUCAUUGCUAGACCUCAAGCUGAUAAGCCUCACUGCCAAGAACCAGUUAGGCCAAUUGGUUCCACCAUUUAUCCCUUGACACCGGAUGCAUGUGAUGACAAGGGAUUAUUACCUUUCUGGCCGACCAAUUUUGAGGAUACAUCACGUUUCCGCCUGAUGAAUGAAUCAGAGUUGCAAGGCAACGACUGGAUUCGUCUAUACUUGGAACUUGCUCUUUGUUCAAAUGAUAGGAACAUUCCCGAAAGCCAUCUCUCCCAGCUACAGAUUGUGAGAGUUGCAGUGGAAGAAGCUGUUGAGCAUGCGGAUCUCAUUUUCUACAUAACGUUUAAAGGCUUGCCCGUGGCCCGGGUUGGUGAGGAUGGUGAGCAUGUUGAGCGAAGAGUCAUAAUCAGAACGUUUGAGGAUCCAUCUACCGGAUACUUCACUCUCAUGGGUGGGUUUGGGUUCUCGGUCGGCGAAGACACUAGUCAUCGCCGCCCUAUGACUCGCCCUCAGAGCAUUGAUGAAAUUUGCGCUGAGCAGAAGAGGCUGGACUUUACGCCUCCCCCAUGUCCACCCACCUACAUGGCUGAUUGGUGGAAAAGCUAGCUAGAUUAUUGACCUCUACAGAUCUCUCAGCUAUCGAUGCUCGAUAAUAGUAUUUAGACUUUGUGUUGUUGGUUUCUUUCCUCUUAGUUGUUUUUAAGAAUUAAAAUCCUUGUUGUAUCUUGUUUGACUUCAGCUGACAAUGAGUAUGGAACUCUCUCAUGUCUUUGUUUUCUCAUUCUGGU